GCACCAACAGGAGCUUGUGGCCAUUUACCGGAGACACGUUCAUCCACUCCUCCACCCCUAUAUCCCCAAUACGGUGCGCGCAUGCCACUUCAGCCCUUCCUUAGGCCAGUGUAGCGUACAACUCGCUUUUGAGCACCCCGCAGCGAGCUGGUCCAUCCAGGCAGCACUGGCAAGGAAUGCACAGCUCCGUCGCUGCCGCCCACGCCCAUCGGUAGAUCGUCACUGUCGUGCUCGCCAACAUGGACGACAAUAUGGAUAUCCCCGAAGAGUCCAUGCGACACAUAGAGGCCUUGUUGGCGAGACAUCGCCCAGACAUGAUCCAUAGGAUGUUCCAGCAGGCAAUGGAGAGCCGACGCAGCUCCGUCGCAUCCUCUCACACAGCGUCGUCGAUAUCAACGACUGCCUCGACGGGCUCGUCGUUUCGCUCCCCAGCGCCAUCGUUUCGCACGUCGACAACGACAUCGUAUCAUUCGCGCUUAUCUAUGCAGUCUAACCUCUCGACGUCAACACUUUCUUCUACAAUGUCUAGCAUAGCCCCGUCAAUAGCCUCAUCAACCUCGUCCAUGUCCUCGCGCUCCCGAGCGACACCAAGGCGGACAGAGCCUCGUUCUUUCCCUGCCUCUCUAGAUCACAGACAGCCAUUGGACCCAACCCGCCCAGUGCCAUCAAUGCUCACCCCAUCAUCGGAGACGGAAAGCCCCAUUGACCCAAAGCAGGAGCAUGCGUACACUCCCACGGACGAGGAUAUGAGCAUGGCGUCGUUCCCAACGGAUCGAGGCGGCGAUUCCUUCAUGUUUUGUACAUACUGCGCCGAAGCGAAGACACUGAAGACAUUCAAGGCAAAGUCAGACUGGAAAAAGCACGAAAUGCGCAUGCACGAAACAGGAGAGGACUGGCCAUGCCUUGUGAACGGUUGCAACCGAAUCUUCGACCGCCAAAAAGAUUUCGUAAAACAUCACCAGCGGUAUCAUUCUGGGAGGCCGCUACCAUCCUUGACGGACAUUGGCAUCCAGCUACUACCGAGGAGAGUCUUUGGCUGCGGGUUCGACAAGUGUAAAGAGGUUAGCAUAGGAUGGGACGAGCGCUGCGAUCAUGUUGCAAAACAUAUGAAGAACGGUUCAACCUUCGACCAGUGGAAAUAUUCGAAUGUCAUCCGUAAUCUCAUUCGCCAAGAGGCAUUGCACGACACUUGGAAGGAGAUGAUCGCAUGUCUAAACGAGCGAUUACGAGAGAGUCGAUCCCAGAUCAGCUGGUGUCCUGACAACACACGAAUAUUGCGACAGAAGCUUCAGUGCUGUGACCUGCGACCCAGUCGAGAAGAGGUUCUCAUUACAGCGCUAAGUUUACGAUCCGAUAUCUCGUUGAACCCAAGCCAACAACAACCGCCACCAGGUUUCGUAGUCCCUAGCAGGGACUCGGUCCCAAAUGUCGAUGGAUUAUCACGCGAACAACGUAUGCACAUCCUCAUAGGGAAUCCGAAUGCGACCAUCUCACGAGGUCGCCUUGCUGCUGUUAAUGCUGCGCUGCUCAGGGCUAGCAACGCGUCCCCCAACGACACAAACUUUGACUGUGGCACUUCGCCUUUCGACGAUGGGCCCGGUCCUGAACCCGAUACAAGCUCGCGCCGCAUAAGCUACAUGGAUAUUGACACCUCGGAACCGUAUAUCGACAUGUCACAGCAACCUAUGCAGCAAGCUAUUCCAACUUUGCAGAUGCCAACCCCCAGUCACCAUCAUCAGCAGCCAUCGCACUCGCAACCGCACUCGCAACCGCACUCGCAACCGCACUCGCAACCGCACUCGCAACCGCACACGCAACCGCACACGCAACCGCAAGCACCACCUCCCAUGAUGGAAGCCGAACAAGCGGAAGAGCAUGCGUAUGUGGACGAAGCGAAAUCAACAAACCCGCUAAACUUGUUCUAUCCCAGCUACUUCGAUGCGCCUCCCCAGAUCGAAGAGAGUAAUUACUACGAACGGCCCUCGCUUGGGCAGAUGAUUUCCAAGCCGCUACAAAGGAUCGGAAGUCGCUUAAGCAGGCACGGUACACCUAGCUCACGCCCGGUGUCCUCACAGCCAGACCAUCGUAUGAUACAUGCCGAUAUGACUCCCGAGUUCCAGAUCCAAAGCCCUGUCCAAAUGGAUAGGGGGUUCCCACACCACCAUCACCAUCAAGCGAGCAUGCACAUGCAACAGUACCCCCCGGGCGCGGGCACCCAGCAUCAACAGCAGCAGCAGCAGCAGCAGCAGCAGCAGCAGCAACACCACGACCAGCAACUUCUCUUUACGUCACCUAUUUGAAUUGAUUCCACUGCAUGCAUUCAUACCGUUGUAUAUCCAGCAUGAUGGGUUCGUCGCAUUUAGAACUUUCGUUUGUCCCCGGCUACUUUCCAUUCUUGAUACCCGUGCUUUUCGCACACCUGUCUAGAAGCAUGUACGAUACCACACGCCCACAUAGAUAAUUGGCCAAGCGCCGAACAAGGAUAUAGACACGUAUCACGACUCCAAUCUUGGGCGCAUCCCCAUGGCAUCGAUAGUUCUCACCUCGCGCCCGCCACUCGUACACCCCGAGCCCCUUGGCGCGCGAUGCCGCAUCGACUCGUCCCGGACUUGGAUGAGGACGACUUUCUAUCUCGAGCCUAGCGGGUCCCACGCGCGCCGUAGACACGUGCCCUCACGCGCACUCCGUCUCGCUGGCUCGCUAGACACUGGCUCACGCAUUCCCUGCCCCCGUCAGCCCCCUACAGCAGC